GAGCGGCCGAUGCGAGCGUGCGGGGUCGUUGCGGGGCAGGGCGGUAGGGUAUUGGGCCGGGCCGGCGAAGGGCGGCGGCCGGCGCUGAGCAGUUCCCGUGGAGAGACCGAGGCGCCGACGGGCGGGGAUGAGGGGCGCCGGGGCCCGCACCUCUCCCGGGCGCGCGCGCGGACCCGGGGGCGCCCAGUGACGGAGGCGGCGGCGCCCCUGCCCAGCAGCGCCGAGCCCGCUUCGCCAGGAGGCCCGCUUCUCCAGGGGGCCCACUUCGCCAGGGGGCCCGCUUCUCCAGGGAGCCCGCGGCCGGCGGUGGCCGGCAUGAAGAGCGGCCGGGGCCGGGCCAGGCCUCGCUGACCCCGACCCUGCGCGGCGCCUCCCCGUUUCCGCCCGGCCUCUCGGCAUGAGCGACCGCUCGGGCCCGGGGCCUCGGCUGCCCCAGCUCGGCGGCCGGCGGGCGCGCUCGGGGCCGGCGGGCCCGCGGUGCUGAUCGCCGCCCGCCUGCCCGCGCCGACCCCGGGGCGCGGCCAUGGAGGUGGUGGGCGACUUCGAGUACAGCAAGCGGGACCUCGUGGGACACGGGGCCUUCGCUGUGGUCUUCCGGGGGCGGCACCGCCAGAAAACUGAUUGGGAGGUAGCUAUUAAAAGUAUUAAUAAAAAGAACUUGUCAAAAUCACAAAUACUGCUUGGGAAGGAAAUUAAAAUCUUAAAGGAACUUCAGCAUGAAAACAUUGUAGCGCUCUAUGAUGUUCAGGAAUUACCCAACUCUGUCUUUCUGGUGAUGGAGUAUUGCAAUGGUGGAGACCUGGCAGAUUAUUUGCAAGCUAAAGGCACUCUCAGUGAAGACACCAUCAGAGUCUUUCUGCAUCAGAUCGCAGCCGCCAUGCGGAUCCUGCACAGCAAGGGGAUCAUCCACAGGGACCUCAAGCCCCAGAACAUCCUGCUGUCCUACGCCAAUCGUAGGAAGUCCACUGUCAGUGGUAUUCGCAUCAAAAUAGCGGAUUUUGGCUUUGCUCGUUACCUGCGUAGUAACAUGAUGGCUGCAACGCUGUGUGGGUCUCCAAUGUACAUGGCUCCUGAGGUUAUUAUGUCUCAGCAUUAUGAUGCCAAGGCCGACCUGUGGAGCAUAGGGACAGUGAUAUAUCAGUGCCUCGUUGGAAAACCACCUUUUCAGGCUAAUAGUCCUCAAGACCUAAGGAUGCUUUAUGAGAAAAACAGAAACUUAAUGCCUAGCAUUCCCAGAGAAACAUCACCUUAUUUGGCUAAUCUCCUUUUGGGUUUGCUUCAGAGAAACCAAAAAGAUAGAAUGGACUUUGAAGCAUUUUUUAGCCAUCCUUUUCUUGAGCAAGUUCCAGUAAAAAAAUCCUGCCCGGUCCCGGUGCCUGUGUACGCCGGCUCCGCCUCUGAAGGUCCCUGUAGCAGCUCUCCAUCCUGUCGCUUCGCCUCUCCACCUGCCCUUCCAGAUAUGCAGCAUAUUCAGGAAGAAAACUUAUCCUCCCCACCAUUGGGUCCUCCCAACUAUCUCCAGGUGUCCAAAGAUUCUGCCAGUACUAGUAGCAAGAGCUCUUCUUGUGACACGGAUGACUUUGUUUUGGUUCCACACAGCAGCACCGCGUCAGACCACUCAUAUGAUAUGCCGAUGGGCACUGCUGGCAGACAUGCUUCUAAUGAGUUCUUGGUGUGUGGAGGGCAGUGUCAGCCCACUGUGUCCCCUCACAGCGCAGCCACCCCCAUUCCCGUCCCUACUCAGAUAAGGAACUACCAGCGCAUAGAGCAGAACCUCACCUCCACCGCCAGCUCCGGCACAAACCUCCAUGGCUCUCCGAGAUCUGCGGUGGUACGGAGGUCUAACACCAGCCCCAUGGGUUUCCCCCGGCUGGGAUCCUGCUCCCCAGCGGCGGCAGACACAGUACAGACGGUCGGACGAAGACUCUCCACGGGGUCUUCCAGGCCUUACUCACCUUCCCCUCCAGUUGGCACCAUUCCUGAGCAGUUGAGUCAGUGCUGCUGUGGGCAUCCUCAGGGCCAGGAAUCCAGGAGCAGGAACUGGUCAGGCUCUCCCGUGCCGCAGCCUCCGUCGCCACAGCCAUUCUUGUUGGGUGCUAGGCUGCAGAGUGCCUCCACCCUCACCGACAUCUACCAGAACAAGCAGAAGCUCAGAAAGCAGCACUCAGACCCCGUGUGCCCGUCCCACGCCGGGGCUGGGUGCAGCUGCUCCCCCCAGCCCAGUCGGCCCGGCAGCCUUGGCACCUCUCCCACCAAGCACGCGGGGUCCUCCCCGCGGAGUUCCGACUGGUUCUUCAAAACUCCAUUACCAACAAUCAUUGGCUCUCCUACUAAGACCACGGCUCCUUUCAAAAUCCCGAAGACGCAAGCAUCUUCCAACCUGCUAGCCUUGGCCACUCGCCGCGGGCCUUCUGAGGGGCAGUCGAAAGAUGGCAGUGACCCGCGGGGGUGCCCUCACUGUCUCUCAGUACAAGGAGGGGAGAGGCAGCAGUCCGAGCAGCAGGCCAGGGCAGCGCUUGGCAGAUCUGUCAGUACUGGGAAAUUAUCAGAUCAACCAAUAAAAACACCUUUAGGUGGACAUCAGGGCAGCACGGACAGUUUAAAUACAGAACGACCAAUGGAUAUAGCCCCUGCAGGAGCCUGUGGUGUUGCAUGGGCUCCUUCUGUGGGAACAGCAGCGAGUCCCGGGGCUGUGCUGUUCACGGUAGGCUCUCCUCCACACAGGGCCACAACCCCCGCUUGCACCCGCAUAGUCCUUCGGACAAGAACCACCUCAGGGGGCUCCAGCGGGGGCCGCGUGUCUGGGGGCUCCCCGCCUGGGCCGUGCUCCGGGUCUCCCCCUCUGGGAGCAGAGGCAGCUCCCAGCCUGAGACACGUGCCUUGUGGUGCUUCACCCCCCAGCCUGGAGGGGCUCGUCGCCUUUGAAGCCCCUGAACUGCCCGAGGAGACGCUGAUGGAGUUUCUAAGACGAUUGGCUUUGCCGCAGCGAGAGCACACAGACACCUUCCGCCACCUGAACGCAAUGCUGUUGUUCACGGAGUGCGUGCUGGACCUGACGGCCGUGCGCGGCGGAGACCCGGGGCUCUGCGCGUCCGCGGUCUCCUUGUACCAGAUCCAGGAGAGCGCGGUGGUGGACCAGAUCAGCCAGCUGAGCAAAGACUGGGGGCGGGUGGAGCAGCUGGUGUUAUACAUGAAGGCCGCACAGCUGCUGGCAGCCUCUCUGCAUCUCGCCAAAGAGCAGAUCAAGUCUGGGAAGCUGAGCCCAUCCACGGGUGUGAAACAAGUUGUCAAAAAUCUGAAUGAACGAUAUAAAUUCUGCAUCAGCAUGUGCAAGAAACUUACAGAAAAGCUGAAUCGCUUCUUCUCUGACAAACAGAGAUUUAUUGAUGAAAUCAACAGCGUAACAGCAGAGAAACUCAUCUAUAAUUGUGCUGUAGAAAUGGUAACCCUUUUUGAGGUUCAGGCUGCAGCCCUGGAUGAGAUGUUCCAGCAGACUGAAGAUAUUGUUUAUCGCUAUCAUAAGGCGGCCCUUCUUUUGGAAGGCUUAACUAAGAUUCUCCAGGACCCGGCAGAUAUUGAAAACGUACACAAAUAUAAAUCUAGUAUUGAAAGGAGAUUGUCGGCACUCUGCUACAGCACCUCGACCUUGUGAGCAGCGGAGGGCAGCCCCCAGGACUAGGGGUGGUGUGAGGCGAUGCGCUUGGGAGCACAGCUUGGGUCCUGUCGCCCCACCCGCAGGAAACUGUAGGUUCCUGCGCGGUGACUACCAAAGAGCAAGCGGUGAUUUCAAAAAGGAAAAGCAACCCCAGAACUACCUGCCUCGUCAGAGAAGCCACCCCUUCCCUUUUUCUUUGUAGAAGCAGAAGCAAGAGUAUUCCACCUGGCUUUCCGUUUGAACUUGGAUGAAACAGGUUCACAGCAAGGAAGUGCUUGGUCUGCAGUCAGUACCUAGGGAAGUGGCCGGGCUGUGCUUUGUGACCUCCAACCAAGUGCAUUCUUCUUCUUCUUCUUCUUGUACGACAAAGGUCAGGUGGGAGGCUGCCCGCCGCCCACAGAGCUCGGUGUCUUCCCGCCGUCGAAGGGCGCGGCCUAGGAGCAUCCGUAUCCACCUCUGCGCGCCGGGAGACAGCUGACACUGGGUCCUGGGCCCGUCCCCAGCCGUGGAGGUCCUGGGCCCUGCCCGAGCCUCCGCCUCGUCUGUCACAGCCCUGGCCAGAAUGCUGUCUUCGGGAGAGGGGUCAAGGUGGCAUCGUCCUCACCAGAAUCAGAGCAAGUCACAUCAGAGGCGACCCGCCUGGGAAAGCACCGCAGGGCGGGAAACGGCAGUCGGUCCCUGAAGUCUCGGCUUUUGUGGGCGACGCGGAGCCAAACAGCUUCCUGGCGUGGAUCUGAGCGGGGGCUGCUGCGGCGGUGGCCGAGCCCUGGGGCUUCCCCUCGCCCUCCCGCUCCCAGGCUGUCCCGUCUCUGAGGGUCUGCUCCCCGAAGGCUGUUCUCCGCUUCCUUGGGUGCAGCCGUCGUGGUCUCGGGCUCCUGUGCAGAG